UCACUAGCAACCAUGUCAACAAAGAUGGCGGAUUGACGGACGGAAUAUCGUGAUGCAUGCACAAAUCUUAUGAAUUGUUCACGAAGACUACCACAGACAUGACUUUAAAUCCAUUAGCAAACCCGAAAGGGGUGAAACUUGCGUGUGAGCUCUGUCAGAAGCCAGCAUUUAUUCAGUGCACGAAAUGCCGCGUAACUUAUUACUGUGGGGUAGAACAUCAGAAAGCCGACUGGAUGGGAAUUCAUGAAAAAAUCUGCCAGAGUUUGAUCCAACUGAGACAGGCGUCACCAUUCUUACCAUCAGAGGAAGAAAGACAGAAAAGGAUAAAUCACCUCAAUGUUAAAAAGCGACAAAUGAUUGACCUCACCAGAACUACGGGCCAGAAGCUGCUGUUUGAGGGACGACAUGAGCAGGCAGUACCAGCAGCCAUGCAAUCCCUGAGAUUUGCUAUAGAUGUACAUGGUUUAGCCAGCAUAGAACUUGUGCCGUCAUAUCUCAUACUGGGGGAGGCUAGUAUUGGACUGGGUCGCCUGUCACAAGCUGAGGAGUACUUAGCACAGGCCCAGUGGACUGCCCUCAAAACACCAGAGUGUUCUAAUGCAAUCAAAUCCAAACUAUACAGAAACCUUGGCCUUCUGUAUGCAGCCAAGGGACAAUACGACGACUCUCUCAGACAGCACGCAGACGAUAUUUAUCACGCCUCAGAAGACUUCGGUACUGAUGACAUCAGGACAUCAGGAGGAUACUAUCACAUGGCCAAUGUUUUCUUCCGCCAAGGCAGGAUGGACAUAGCUGAUACACUCUAUAGACAGGUGGCAGAAAUUUGGUACAAACACCUACUACAGAUAGUGAAGGUACGCACAGCCACCCCAGAUGUGCCUAAGGGCAUUGGCCCAGUCAUAUCUGAGGAAAGUCUGGAGGAGGAGGACAGUCUAGAUGAAGCGCAGGAAGCUGAGGCUGUCCAGGUUUUAAAUGCCAUAUACGACAUGAGAGAACAUCAGUCCAACAGACGGGCCCAGGAUCUGGCCAAGGUCAGCCAUGCACUGGCCAUGCUUUACUUCAUACUCAUGGACAUCACUAAGGCAAAAGAAUUUGGCAGAAAAGCAGUGGUAGCUAGCGAGGGAGACUCAGACGACUGUUUGUCACGUUCUGUUGUGGAAUUUAUGAAAAUUUUGGAAGCUGUGAAAUGAAUGACCAGACUGCAAUGUUACUAUUCUAGGCAGAUGUUGAAUUUAUGACCAUUUUGUUAAUGUUGUGCUUCAGCUAUGUAGAUGGACUGCAUUUUCUUGGAAGAGUCUAAAACUGUGAUAAAAACACUUGUAAAUUCAUGUUUUAAUUCAUUGUACUGAGGCACCCAUUAAAUCACUUGUUAUAUAUGUACAGA